AUGUCGUUGUCUGACUUGGCUAACGAGCUGCUGGUAGCCGUGGCCCAGUUCCUGGAUGCGGAGCGAGAUAUUGAUGCCUUUGCCAAGUCUAAUAAGCGACUCUAUAGCCUACUCAUCGCCCAUCUAUAUCGAUACAAUGCACACAACUCCAGCGCAUCCGCUCUCGUGUGGGCAGCCAAGACUGGCCGAGUAGAGACCUUGCGACGCGCUGUUUCCACCGGCGUCAAGGUCCACGAGUUUCCGCUUCUACCCAUCGCCUCCGACAAGGGCCAUCUCAACUUUGCCAAUCUGCUGCUCCGUACACCCGGGGUAGAUGUCAACGUGAAGGAUGAAGACGGCUGGACGUCCCUGGCGGCUGCCUCGAGGCAAGGCCAUGUCGACCUGGUCAACCUGCUUCUGGCUGCGAAUGCCGAUUUGCAGACCAAUGACGCCGGCUGGACGCCGCUCAGUGUGGCUGCCAACGAUGGCCACCUAGAAGUGGUGAGGCUGUUGUUGAAUAAAGGGGCAGAUGUAUCUGUCCCGAGCGAGACGGGAUGGACGCCUCUCAGGUCCGCUGCCUGUAAUGGACAUUUCGAAGUGGCCAAGCUUCUUUUAGCCCAUGGAGCUGAUGUACACGUAACCUCGGAGCGAAUGUGGACGCCAUUGCAUUCAGCCGCCAACUCUGGCCAUGCCGACAUCCUCGAGUUGUUGAUAGACUACGGAGCGAACACGGCUGCUGCAACUGCGGAUGGCUGGACCCCUCUGGCAUUGGCAGCCGACAAGGGCAUGGUAGAGGCGGUAAAUAUACUUGUAGCAAAAGGUGCCGAUGUUGCUCUGCCCUGUGGCAACGGAUGGACACCCAUGACACUGGCUUCAGAUAGUGGCCAUGUGCCUGUUGUGCAGAUUCUGCUGGAAAAGGGUGCAAGCGUAGACUCACCAUGCAUCAAUGGCUGGACUCCCCUGACUCUCGCUUCCGGAGCUGGCAGCGUUGCUAUGGUUGAGCUUCUGCUGGAUCAUGGAGCCGAUAUCAAGGCAACAAAUGAGUCUGGCUCGUCCUCUCUCCUCAUCGCGUCAGACAGAGGCCACUGCGCCGUGGUCGAGUCUCUCCUCGCCCGCGGCGCCGACGUAUUGUCGACAAGUCGUCGCGGAUUCACCGCUUUGCACACUGCAUCAGAAAACGGUCAUGUUGAAGUAGCCGAGCUGCUACUCGCCCAGGGCGCAGACAUAGCGGUAGGAAAUUUCAGCGGCUGGAACGCUGUUCACAUUGCGGUGCAAAAUAAACACCCGGAACUCGUUGAGCUGUUCCUUAGAACCCCUGGGCUUGAUGUCGACUUGAAAGACAACUAUGGACGAACACCAUUGUACCAUGCGGCAAUGGUAGGAAACGCGGUCAUGGUGGAUUUGUUCCUAGCAAGGGGUGCGUCACCAACUAUAUCGGAUUCUUACGGCUCGAAACCCAUCUUCACGGCAGUUAGAAAUGGCCAUGAAGCGGUUGCGCGCCGGCUGUUAGCCGUGAGUCCCUACCCUUUGGAGCAACUGGAUAGCUUUGGACACAGCUUGCUUUGGUGGGCUCGACGAAGUGGUAGACCGGGCCUGCUGCAGCUCGUCCGGCAACACAUCACGAUGCACGAUCCUGGCGCCGAGUUGGAUGAGGACAUGGAGCCGGAGACAAACCCCGUCAAGUUCAUUGAAAAUGCUUGCUGGUGCAAGGUCUGUACGCGAUGCACCGUACUCGGCACUACGUCAUACGAGUGUACGACCUGUGACGGUGGUGAGUUUGUUAUUUGUGCUGAGUGCCAUGACGCUGGCGUGCGGUGUCGAAAAAGCAAUCACGACCUCAUUCCUCAUUCUUGCAACAGAAUAGCUUAG